AUGGGACCACUCAUAGCAUUGGGACAAUCAAAAGAAGAAACGUCACCACCUAAAGCUAAAGAAUCGACAAUCCUUCCACCUCAACAAGUUUUACCACAGAAAAUACCACCAAGACUAUCCAUUCAAGUGAACAAUUCAAAUCUAUUAAAGGCAGCAAAAACUGCAGCAACUAAAAUCACUGAGUCCUUAAAUAUCAGAAAUGAAAAAAUUGUUGAAUUAAUAGAUAGCCACCAAGAUAACUAG